AUGCUAUGCCCGACAAUGAUGACUUUUCUAAAUCUCUCGAUUUAUAUUCUAAGCUUGUUAGUUUCUGAGAGUUUUUGUGAGCGAUACGGUAUUGGAAGAGAAUACUGCCUGGAUGGCACAAAAGCUGAAAAAACAGGAUCCGGUGUUGUGAAAUGGUGUGAUAAUAAUGAAGAUUGUUCGAAGGGAUGGGAAUGCCUACCAUCCGGACAUUUUCAUUUCUCAAAGCAAAUUAGUUAUUGUUGUCAAUUACGGGAAUCAAUUUGCUCAAUGCCUCCGAAUCCCGGUUAUGGAGACUGCUUCGAAGAACCCAAGACAAAAUAUUAUUUCGAUUCCUUAGAUUUGAAAUGUAAAAAGUUUAAAGUGAUCAGUUGUCAUCCGACAAAUCAAAAUCAGUUUGAGAGUUAUGAGAUGUGCAUGAGGUUUUGCCAGAGUACAGCAUGCCUGGCUGGACAGUCACUAUUAUUAGCACGAGACAGCACACCUAUUAGUUGUCAAUCUAUGGAAUGCCCAAUUGGAUAUCGUUGUGUUUUUGACAAAUUGUUUAAUAAGCAUGUCUGCUGCGGACAUUCACCCACAGGAGUUUGCCCAAUUGGGUCGGUUUCCUAUUCCACUGCUUCCACAAAUCAACCUCUUCGUUGUAUACCGUCAUCUCUACUAGAUUCUUGUCCAGCUGACUAUAUUUGCACAACGCAAGGCUUACAUAGUUUUUGUUGUACUCCAAAUGAUGCAAUAUGCCCAGCCGGCCAGCAACCUUAUAUUCACACUGUGUCAAAAAACACAAUGAAAUGCAAUCCUUUGGAAUCUUCAUCAUGUCCUUCAACAUAUUACUGCUCACCAGCAAUUCCCGGUGCAUAUUGGGGAUUUUGUUGCAGUGUGCACAUUGAAGCAAGCUGUCCGGCUGAAACAAAACCAUAUUUAGAUUAUGUUACACAAUUGCCUGUCAGAUGUACAGUUGGUGUAACCCAGUGCAAUGUUGGCUAUUCCUGCCAGAGUUCACAGCCAGGGUCAAUUAUCGGCUUUUGCUGCACAAUACCAAAAAUAACUCUAACGAUACAACCAAGUUCAUCAACUCCUCAUGCAAAUUUUACUCCGGCGGAUGAUGAUGAUGAUAACUUAGCUGGAAAUGAAAGAAAUUGGUUUGUUCAUAAUGAAGGAUUUGUGAAUCCAAUGAUGUCACAUCAAUCGACGAAACCUUCUUUUAAAAGUAUUAAGUCAACCUAUGGGAUUUCGUCGUCUUACAAGCCGGCAGUGUGCCCACCAUUUGCAAAAAACGUUUAUUAUCCAAACACUCAAAUAAAUAUCGAAUGCACACCAGCAUAUGGCUAUGAAUUUAAUUGUCCAAGUGAAACCACUUGUACCCAAGCGUAUUUGGAUAUGGCUGGAAGACAAGUGUGCUGUGAAAUGCCUAAAACAACACAAUCGCCAGGUUUCAUCUAUUAUGUCACUUCAAUACCAAGACUUAUUAGAUAUCAAACAACAGAUCAAUUCUGCCCGUACGCCAUUCGCAACCUCCGCUGUCAUCCAUCUCGAUCGCGCUGCCCCAUGGGAAUUCUUGUUGACCAUCAAGGUGUAGUUGUUUGCUCCUUCUUCAUUCAGCCGUUGACUUUCCAUUGCUAA